CAAUGGUUGUUGCUAGUCAUUAUGAAGCUAUAGUUGCUGCUAGUCAUUAUGAAGUUGCAAUUGUUAUUGAUCAUAAUAGUGAAGCUGUGGUUAUUGUUAAUCAUGAUAGUAAAGCCAUAGUUGUUGCUAAUUAUAAUAGUGAUACUGUAGUUGUUGCUAAUCAUAAUGGUAAUGCCAUGGUUGUUGUUAGUUAUAAUGGUGCAUUGCUUUCUUAUUAUUUAUUACAGAACUUUUAA